AAUAUUCGAUACUAGUUGUAAGGUGUUUACGGGGUUCAUUUGGGGGUGUAGAAUUCAUUUGUGAUAUCAGUUUUACCCUUUCCCUAGUCAUUUUUCCGAAACGGACGCAACAAACUCGUUGUCAAUUGGAGCGAGCAGAGUCAAUGAACAAGCAGCAAACAUUUGGAUCGCCCUCUGAGCAAGCCUUCAACAAUGUCAGCCCAAAGUCUUACCCUCGUCCUCUACCCUACGCCUCUGUCGGUCCAUCGGCUUCCACCCACGGGAGAUAAUAUUCGGGCCGUAACCCCCUUUCUUGCACCAACAACGUUGAUGAAUUCUUUAACCAUUACAUCAAGUGAGCUCUCACUAAUCGUACCGAGUCCGACAAUACUCCCGAAUCUGCCAGAUCUUAAAACAGAAGCAGGAUGGCGGGCUUUCCAAGUAGCUGGUACACUGGACUUUGCAUUGGUGGGCAUUUUGGCUUCUAUAACGGCGCCAUUGAAAGAAGCUGGGGUGAGCGUUUUUUGUAUUAGUACUUUUGAUACGGAUUGGAUUUUGGUGAAGGAGGAUACAGUGGAGGAGGCUAGGAGGGUUUGGCAAAAUGUCGGGUUUAAUGUUUUGGAUCAUUUUUAUCCACAAGAAGUGUCAUGUAGGUAGAAAAUUCCUAGCUAGAACUCACACCAAAAUCAACCAUCCCCUAAAUACUACUUCACAUAAACUCCAUUUUCCUACUAAUAUAACCUUACGUACAACAUAAAUACAAUUUAAAUAUAAAUAAAAGAAUCUGGUGCGGACGGUUAUUAAGCA